ACACUGUGACUGUAUCCAGUUGUGCACUGUGCUGUAUCCUGAUUUGACAGUGUACCCCUGUCCUUUCAACACAUUGGUUGACAAGACCAAGGCCGGUAGUCCAGAGACCCGUCAUGAACAAGAUAAAGCCUUAAGUUACUUUUUAAAAAUUAAUUAAGAAUUUUAUUUCUGUACAUAGAUAUAUAUAGAUAUCAUUUUUGUGUUAUAUACAAUUUUUUAAUUUAUUAUUUUAGUCUGUUGUUUUGACCCUACCCUGCUUGUUAAAUUUAUUAAUAUAAAGGAUGAGAAACACAAGUGUAGAUAAAACAUUGAUCUUAGAACUAAAGGAGUUUGGAGAGGACUUUGGUUAUAAAGAUGAAGAUCUUACUAGGUGGGUCGAAAACAAGCUGAUCGAAAAAUAUAGGCUAGAUCGGGAGGAGAUGGACAAAGAAUGAGAUAGACAGGCUAGGUUGGAACGGGAAAAACGGGAUAGACAAGUUAGGCUAGAGCUGGAAGAACGAGAAAGACAAGACAGGUUAGAACGGGAAAAACGAAUAAGACAAGUCGGGCUGUAACAGCUGGCCCAGGGGCUGGCACAAGCAGAGUUAAAGUUGCAGGGAAAAGAUUAUAUGUGGAGAGGGGAAUUAAGUAAACAAAAAACAAGUGGUUGAAGUUGAGAAAUGGAAGAGGAAGAGACAGAAAGAUGAGAUUCGUGUGGUUAGGGAAAACGGGAAUUAAUGGGUGAAAGUUGAAAAGAGUGAAAUCAUUUUUGAAAAUGACUUGAAGGAAAAUUUUACCGAAGUUGUGGAGAAACUUAGGUAUCCCGAGGAAUGUAGUGGCAAUGUAACUGAGGAGAGGGAGACAGAGUUAUCUAUAGUGGCAAUGUAACUGAGGAGAGGGAGACAGAGUUAUCUAUAGUGGCAAUGUAACUGAGGAGAGGGAGACAGAGUUAUCUGUAGUGGCAAUGUAACUGAGGAGAGGGAGACAGAGUUAUCUAUAGUGGCAAUUAACGAGGUAGAUUUAAAUGACCAUAUGGUUGAGGUUAAGGAAGCCAGGAACUUUUUUUUAAUGUAGCCAAUAGUCAAGAGUCAGUUAGGAAUUUUGCUAGCCAGGAUGUAGAAAAAAUGGGGGCUGAGUGUAAGAAAAUUGACGCAGUGGUACUGUAUGUUAGCGCAGUGGUAAUGAAUGUUGGCAUAGGACAUUGGAGUUAUGAAUAUGUUUCAUUGGUCAUGUAGAUUGUAGAUAUGACAUUCGAUAAUACACAGGAAAUAGAUUUUUUGUGUGAAGGUGUGCAGGCCGUAGAUUGUAUUGUACAGCAUGUGGAUGCCGAGGAAAUCCUAGAUGGGACUUUUGAUGAUGUAAAAGGGUGUAGCCUUAGUAAUUAGUCACUAUGAGAGUUUCGAUAUUGUUCAACAGGGAAAUAUUGUCAGUGUACAAGAGAGAUUUGUUGAGUUUGUACAGCAACUGGAUGUUGAUUUGGUGCAAGAGUGAGAUGUUGAUUGUGUACAGCAGUGAGAUGUUGGUUUGGUACAAGAGGGAGAUGAUUAUAAUAUUAAGUCUUGGGGCAAGCUACGGAGAUCACGAAGUAGAGGGCGUGAGCUGGUUAAGGGGACGUAACUUCAACAAAGUGGUGGUCAUAGGAGAUCACCUUAUAUGGAGCCAGUCGGUGAAUUUUGUGGUGUGCGAGACGCUGGUUACUCGAGAUUUGGGAACGGUGGAGACACUGAGAUUCAUGUUUUUAAUCCUGAUUCUGAACAUCACAUGAAGGGUGUGAGUUUUUCCCUGAGAUGAGGGUAGGAGAGACAAUUCGUUUUCAACUAAAUUAAACAAACCCUUAAAAACAAUUUUUUUCGAAUGAAUCCAUUAUAAAAUUUAAUAUCGAGCCAUGGUGGGGCGGUGAGGCUAAAAAUCUGGUAAAACAUGCAUGCAAGUAACGCACUUUGUAAGAAUACCAUCUAGUGCUCCCGCCCCUAAUGCUCGCAAACACAUAUUAUUUUUUUUCCCCGCCCAGAACGAUCUUUAUAUUCUUAUGACCCACUCACUUUUACAUCGUACAGUCAUUUCACCAACUCUUUCAGAAAAAAAAAAGACAAACUACAGAACAUAUGAUGCACCAAACAAAUCUGAAUUAUUUUUUGGUUAGAAUGACGUACCGGGAAAUUUAUUUCGUAAAUUCACGUUCCUUUCAUCCUCCCUUAGAAGAAUAGGUAAAAAACAACAACUGGGUUUCGUUUGUUGCAGUUUGGGGAGGGGGGAAUUUUAUAGAAUAUUCUAUCAUCGUCAAAGAGUCUAUGGGAUAAGUUUCAGCUUGAUUGGUUGACGGGAAAUGAUUAAUUAAAAGUCCAAACAUUUUGCCGACCAGUUGGCCACCCACGAACAAAAAAGAAGAUAAUAUGGACAAUUUUAUAACUAAAAAAAAACAGGAUACCAUGGGCUGGAAACUUAGAAAAAAAAUGCCAAAAUGGUAAAGAGGGUGCACCACCUAAACCCCCAGAGGGAAACGGCUCACAGGCGGACCUAGGUUUAGACGGACGGAUGCCAUGGAAAAAGAUCAACAGCAGCUUGGAAUCCAGGCGUGGAGAAGAAAAGCGUCAGGGUACACAAAGUACGGUGUGGAGUUGAGGUCGCACAAUUUUUGGCUAGCAGCAUGGCCACUGCAUAAGUAGCUUUUACAUAGCAUGGUGACUGUGAACCCGCUCUGGUAAAUAUCUUUUGCUGCGCAGAAAUGUUAGCCUGAACCCAGUGGAGUACCUCGGGGGGAGAGGGGGUGGAGAUGCCUCUUGGGCUGCGAAAUGUGUCACAUCGAACAAAACUUGUAAAAAUUGUUAUAAUUAUUAUUUUACAAAUUUGCUUUUCUUCUUCUGAUGUAUUUUACCCCAUUAUAAAAUUGACUCUACUCUGUGUGACCUCACCUGUACACUGUAGUCCGUGUGACGUCACCUGUAACACCGUAGAUUGUGUGACAUCACCUGUAAACCGUGCUUUGGUAUGAGCUCACCUUCAUGCUGUGACACACAUUACAACCGCGUAUCGGGUUGAGAAUCUCAGAAACAAAUCCACAGAGUGAGCUACAUGGACAGCCUGCUUGGUCUCCUUACAUUCUGUCAAAUCAACGUAUUGGAAGUCACCAAACUUCCCCACGUAUAAAAAUAUAGUUUUACACAAAUAUAAUGUAAAAUUUGUUAUUCACAAUAUUUCCACAGGAAUUAAUUUAAAAAUCGAAUACUAGAACACGUGCAACGACAUAAAUGAGUUUUCAAAACCAGAUUACCUUAAUCAAAAUAAACAUAGAAAAAUAAACACCUAGGUGGGAUAUCUUCCCAUUAAAGUGAUUUCCUAAAACAAAAAUUUUAUAAAUACGUUAAAGCCGUUGUCAUGCAUUCCCCUUAGAUUAAUACAACUAUAUUAUUUAUAUAUAUAUAAAUAUAUAUAUGAUGUCACGGUUAGAUUAAUACAAUUUUAAUGCGGUUUUCGUCUUGAUUCUUCACAGUAUUUCAACCCAUAAUUUAAAUCUAAGAAGAUGAGAGCCAGCAAUCUACUGACUGUUUUCAUGUUCACCGGUGUCUUCAUGGCGGCUGCAACAUCAUUGACUAGUAAGUAUUUUAUUUUAUUUUUUAAAUUUAUUACAACUCCAAAAUAUUCUUUGGAUCAUGUUUCCAAACGCUACAAAAGUAAUAAAAGAUUUUAAACGUGGAGACAAUGACAAACAAAAUAAUACUAAUUACAGUGAGAACUGUAGACCUUAGAAAAUACACGUGACGAAAUUAAAACAAAAUAUUGAAAUCUAUUGUACAUCGCAACUUAAGAAUUAAUUACACCCCAUGUUUUUAUAAACACUAUUCCUCGCACCCAUCAAAUACCAUCUCAAAUCUCCUAUUUUGAGAAUCCCUGCUCUAAGACAACAUUUAAACAUUUUUAAUAAAUCAAUCUGUAUUUUCAAAUGCUUAAGUUCAGUAAGAAAUAAAUUUAAUUGAACGCAAAUUUGUAAAAAUAGUUUUCAACAUACCAUUUGACUAAGUUGAUAGUACAAUGUUUUGAAGAUAAUUUGAGAUCCGCUCCUGUAGGGCGGCAAAAAUGUAGCUAGAUAAAAUUGUAAGCUUUUUCGUAACGAACAUAAUCAUAAUAAAAGAGUGUUUUAGGUAUACAAGAUAUUUAAUAAAUUGAAUAAAAAUGCUUAAUAACAAAAAUUAAAAAAAACAAUUUCCUAAUUAUUGAAUGGUGGCGUUGAUUAUGAAUUUGAAUCUUUUUAAAAUUGCAAAAAAUUUUUAAAUUUUUCUUCUAAAGUGAUUAUUGCAAAUAAACUGCAUACAUUUUACAUUUUUAUUAAAAGAAUUUCUUUUUUUAAUAAUAUUUUUUUCGCUUUAUUUCAGCUGGGAACCGUACAGACAAGACCCAAAAGGCGGAGCUUAGUAGAGAGAGUAGGGCACUUCCCCUCGUCCCCAUUGUACUGAAAUUGGCCUUGGGGGGAGCGACGGCAGCUGCAUCCUAUUGUGCAGCGCAGCCUAUGUGCUGUGUUUCAAGUCUGAUCAACGUAGCUAAACUGUCAGAUGACAUCUUGAACGGGAUCAUGAAGGCGAUUAAAUUCUUCAAUGCAUUCGGUUAACCUUGAAAACGGUGGCCACCCCCAACACGAGUUCAAUUUUUUUUUCUUUUGCUAAAUGAUAUUUCAAUAACAUUGUUAUCCAUAACUUUUGUUCAUUGAUUAUAGAAUUGGAGGAUAUAUUCAAAGAAAGUAACUUGAGGUUAAAACAUAUUUGUUUCCCUGAAAAACGUUCUCUAUUUUACCAAAAAUAAUGUGGUUCAAUAUUAAAUUGUAGCAUACAGCAGGGAUGAAAAGAAAUUUUAAAAAAGUAUAUUUAAAAAAAAAUGAUCCUUAUAACAAUUUUAAUUGUUGAGUAACAAAUGUCAAAGUUUGUUUAGUUUAAACAUAAAUAGACUCUGUUGUUAGUUAAGCUUUAUAGCAGUUGUAUUAAUUUGUAAACAAUUAAUGUUGAAAACGUGUUUAAAACAAUUGUCUUUGGAAAGAAAGUAAUUUGGGGUUUAAAGAUAUAUUUAUUUUUAUUUUAAACAUUUUUGUAGAACAACUCUAAAACUGUAUGUAGCGUUAGCACUCGCCUGUUGAAUUGACACAAAUGUUAAUGCAGCUCUUUAUCUCCCUUGACGUCUUAUCUCAUUUUAAUUGAAAUAAUAUAUAUAUAUUUUUUUUAAACACAACAGACAAUUUCAAAUGGCUCCCUGUAGAAUUCGGUUAUCUUCUUGUCCAAGUUGUUGUGUGAAAAUAAUUGAAAUAAAUCAUUUAGCUUUCAUGU